AUGGCAGGGGGUAUGACAGCAGUCCAGUCUCGCACGCAUUCUAAGGAAACCAUCUCCUUUCCUGUGUUGACCUACACCGAUGCGUUGCCACGGAAUGAUCUUCAAUCUCUUGAAGCCUCACAUCAUCCGGUUCGGCCAAUGACCGAAAAGUGGGAUUUCAGUCAGCCCUCUACGGGAGAUGGCUGGUUCAGAAAGCCACCCCCGGGCCAAAGCGCAACUUUCGACUUUCGUCUAACAGCGCCACCAGAUGAAGCCAUUCGAUCUACCCGAUCAGGUCGUACCCAAACCGAGCAAGACAUGAUUGGCAUUGCGCUGGGCAGUCCCGGCAUGUUAAACAAAGACGAGGCUCUACCGCCGCCCAGAUUGGAUACAUCUAUGUUUGUAGAAACAGAUUCAGCCGAGAAGCCCAGCAAGUGGAAGAAGAUUGGUGGAUUCUUCAAGGCAAAAAAUGCGUUUACAUCACCUCCGGAGGCCCCACAAGAAAGCACCUUCAAACCGCAAAUCACCAAAGACAAACUACCAGAGAAACCCCACAAAGCAAGACUGAGAAAGAACUCGACAGAGGAGUGGCCAAAACUUGAGAUCGAUCCCAGGAAGAUGCCUAUGCCUGGUCGAAGUGAUCAAAUUCCCCUGCGAAGUCGGAACUUCUCACUCAACAACAAGGCCCCCAAGGAGGAGGAACCAAGUAAUCGGGGCCUCCUACUGAGUGUUGACAUCCCGGAUAUUCAGAUGGAGCGGUACAGUGUUAUGUUCAGCAAUGUCGUCAACAAGAACCAAAAGCCCUCGCUGCUGGCCAGGAGGGCCAAAACAUUGGACAAUCUUCUCGUACCCGACGCAAAUGGGUUCCUCAAAUCACCGGCACCACCCCCAAUGCCCCAACGGCGGGCAACGUCACCAGCGCGAUCAAGCUUCACUUUGUUCCCAACUUCACAGCCUUCGAAAGGGGCCCAGGUACUUGGCACACAGAAUUUCUCUCGUGGACCGAGCCCACUGAUGAGAUCGAACACACUACUUAUGGAAAGCCCAUCGAAGAUGCCUCCACCACAGCUCUAUCAUGGUUCAAAUAUGGGCAGUAUCUCAUCGUUCGAGUCACCCGUGGUCCCAAGGCUUUUCUCUGAGCAUUCCAAUACCCCGCUGUCCUCUAGUAGCUAUGAAAAGCCUCUUCCUGCUAUCAAGCCGGAGCCACAGACUACUCAACUACAGAAAAUUGCUCAGGCAGAAAGAAAAAUCCCAUCCCCGCAGAAGAUUAGGCCACAGCAGAGCAACCAAUCGCAAAGUACUGCUGUAACAAAAGCAGUUGUUCAGCCCUGGGCUCAUCCACGACAGAGGAAGGAUUCGCUGCCGCGAGCCAUAGAAAAACAGCCUCAGGUUACUUUACCUCAAAACAAGACCACACAACAUCAGCCAAAUACGAUAUCGAACCACCACAAGAACAAGGACUCAGCGAGACCGCGUCUCAAAGUUCAAACUGAUGGCCGACCACAACCGCCCGCAAAGGACACCCUCUCUGCCAGUACAUCUCGAAACUCCCCUUCAGCAUUAAACCCGACCCAGAGCAAGAUUGACCGAAUCAUGUCCCCAUCAUCAGCGUCAACUGGGCCCAGAUCUGGCGCAUCGCCAUCAGAGUCCAUACGCAUGCCAUUCGCCAUUCCCGCUGAGACCGUUGCUACCGUUAAACCGGAGCCUGCACCCGAGCCUCGACGUCCUGUUCCAGAGAUUGAGGUCUCAAUAGCACGCUCUGUCUCUGUUUCGCGGGCGAAGAGGCAGGUUCUGGUCCCCAUCGGCAUGAGGAUCGAUCACUUGGACCCGGAAGAGCGGGUUGUGCACAGAAGACCUCUGACACCGCAAAUCACGGAUGUUCACCGGGGUCAUCGGCCCGGUGUCUCGCAAGAGUUGCGGAUAGAAUGUCUGUGA